UUGCAGCGUUGGGGCUUUACGAUAUACGGAAGUAGCUUGUGACAAACGGCUAUAAAGCCUGGGUUUGAGAGUAUUGCACUCAGGUCAGGACAAGAAUAAAGCAUGGCACCAAAAAGAAAGGCAGCAUCUAAAGCCAAAGCAGGUGGAAAGAAGAUAAAAGAGGAACCUGCUGCUCCAGUAAAAGACAAGUUCACUUCUGCUAAAGAAGUGCUGAAGGCCACAGGAUCACAGAUUAAAGCCAGCCGGAAACCAGACUCCUUAUGUCCCCUAUCAGAUGCUGAGGUUCAUGAAGACUUUGAUUGCAUGUUGAACCAGACCAACAUUGGCAAUAAUAACAACAAAUUUUAUGUAAUACAAGUCUUAUUGUCAGGAGGGAAAUAUUAUUGCUGGACAAGAUGGGGCAGAGUAGGAGAAGCAGGACAGAACAGUUUAGCUGGUCCUUCGGCUGUUGAUGCAGCCACUAAGAACUUUGAAAAGAAAUUCAAAGACAAAACAAAGAACAACUGGAGCGAUCGGGAUAACUUUGUCUCGCAUACGGGAAAAUACACUCUGAUUGAAGUGGACGGAGACCAGGAUGCUGAAGUGCAGGUUGAUGCUGUAAGUAACAGACCAGUGGCUGCAAAAAAUAUUCUACCUUGCACAGUGGACAGUGCAACUCAAAGACUCAUCAAGUUCAUCUUUGACAAUGACAUGUUCAAGGAAGCCAUGGAGAGAAUGAACCUGGACAUUAAGAAAAUGCCGCUGGGGAAGCUGAGUAAGCAGCAGAUUGCUAAAGGCUUUGAGGCAUUAGAAGCGAUCGAGGAGGCAAUAAAGAAGAAAAGUAAUAAAAACAAGUUAACAGAGCUUACUUCAAAGUUCUUCACUAUUAUUCCACAUAACUUUGGCCGCAGCAGACCUCCUGUCAUCGAAGAUGAUGAUAUUCUUCAGAAAAAGAAGGAGAUGCUUCUGGUCUUGGCAGAUAUAGAGGUAGCCCAAAGCCUUAAAGCUGAGUCAGAAAAGGCGAAGGAGGAGAUGGUGGAGACGGUUCUUCAUCCAAUAGACCAGGACUACCAGUCUCUAAAAUGCAACCUUACACUCUUGGAUAAAAAAUCAAAUGAAUUUACGGUUAUUGAGAAGUACUUAAGUGCUACUGGUGAAAGACUUAAAAUAGUAGAUGUCUGGCAAGUGGACCGAGAUGAUGAGGCAGAGCGCUUCAGGGACAAUGAUGCUUUGGAGAACCGGAAGCUGCUGUGGCAUGGUACUAAUGUGGCUGUGGUGGCAGCCAUUUUGAAAAGUGGUCUACGCAUCAUGCCACACUCUGGUGGUCGGGUGGGCAGGGGAAUUUACUUUGCCUCAGAAAAUGCUAAAUCUGCUAGUUAUGUCCGACCAUCAAAAAAUAUCGGCAUUAUGUUUCUGAAUGAAGUUGCUCUGGGUAAAGAAUACACCAUCACAACAGACGACUCCAGCUUAAGGAACGCUCCUAUCGGCUAUGACAGUGUGGUAGCACGUGGGAGACAAGAACCAGAUCCCUCAAAAGACGUCCUCCUUAAGCUGGAUGGGAAAGAUGUUGCUGUGCCACAGGGCAAAGCCAUAACUCAACCUCAGUACAAAGACAGCAGCUUUUCCAACAGUGAGUAUCUCAUUUACAAGGAGAAUCAGUGUCGCAUCCGCUACCUGCUGGAGCUCUGCUUCUAACUUCUGCUACAAGGGUAUUGGCAAGAAAUACAGAAAACUCAACACUCCGCAAAAACACAAGUUUAUAAACUUUAUCAAGAGUCUGGUUUGCUGCGAUGUUCGGCAUAAGUUCAUUAGACUUAAUAAGGCCCUCAGUAAAUGUAUAUCUGAUUAUGAGGUUCAUGGAUGAUGUGUAUGGUGGUGCCGGGAAUGUUUUCAUUUGCUGAAGCGUUCUCAAUUAACAAACAUAUUUUUACAUUUGAAGACAUUUUGCCAUGUCUGGUUGUUUGAGUGCCUUUCUUUUAUUUUAGAAUCUGUUUGAAUGCUUGUCUGUGUAACCAUUACAGCUGAAUAGUGCACUUACUAAUAUACUCCAUGUGGAACUGAUGUUUGCAAUAUAUAAAGAAGUCCUGAUCUGUAUUAGUAUUGGACUGAUCUGUAUUAGUUUUCUAUCCUUACUUUCUUUUUAACCUUUCCAGGUUAAAUAUGUGGUCUUUUUUUUUUUUUAACUUUAUUGUCUAAGAUAUUCUUGUUUCUCGAUUGUAUUGGGUAUCACUGUAUCCAUUAAUGUUUGCAGUAAGAAAGGGCCUUUAUUCAUCUUGAAAUAAAUACUAGGUAAUUAAUAGAUGAAGCAAUCAACAAUUAAAUGGAAGGGAAUAAUACAUUUAAAGCAUUUAUUUUUAUUACUUUACAUUAUGUAGCUCCUUAAAUGUAUAAAAUACUUAUCACCUCAUGAUAUCCAACUAAUUCUAAGAAAACCAACAUAGUAUCUAAUCAGAGUGCUUUAGAGUCUCGGUCUUUCUAUGUACACCUUGAAAAUAUUUGCCCAGGAUUCCAAUCUUUUUUCUUUGAAAUGUUAUCAGAUGUGUUAUCAGAAAAAAAAAAAAAAAAAUUUGUAGACAUUUAUAAUGCAUCAUCUUUUAUAUUAAUUACAGAGAUCAGUAACUACAAUGUUUGUUUUUGAAAGUGCUCCAAACUGGCACUACUUAUGCAGCCUGCAUAUUGCACUAGUUAUAUAAUAUGGAUAAUGUUAUCUUUGAUGCUUGCUUGAAGUCCACUAUAUUGCCUAGUCUAAAUGCACUUUGUUAUAAUAAAUGAUAUUGAAGAAUCUCAUGUUCUUAAGAGUGCCUUGGGUAAAUGUCUUUCUGUGGAAACUCACCAGGUGGAAAAUAAAUAAUUGUGCUUAAA